AUGAGAAAAGGAAGAGAAAAGAGACCCAAAAAAAAUAUAAACCUCAACAACAUGGAGUAUUUUGUAUCACUUUUCGUUAUGCGGCUGAGAAUCAUAUCUACAACACAUUUAGAUGAACAGAAAAUUCUGAAAGAAAGUUUUGUAUUCAACAUGAAAGAGUUUCUACUAAAAAAAAGUGAAUUGACGCAACUAGACGUGGGUUCAAUAGCACGACAAUGCAAAGAAAAAAGCAACGCUCAGAAAUGA